AUUUUCUGGACUAAUUCUCGGAAUCGCUCUGUUGGAUCUUAAAUGAGAUUUGGACAGAUGCCAGAGAACGACCGAGUCACACGGCUGCUUGUACCCAAGCCUUCCACCAAAGAACAUUUAGAGACCAAUGGAUCGGUCAACAAAGGAAAAAAGAGUCGCAAUGGAUGUCUUACAUGCAAAGCCAGAAGGAUGAAGUGUGACGAAACGAAACCAACAUGUCGCCAAUGUGCUCGACGAGGUGCCGCUUGUGGUGGAUACCCCAAAAUUGGCUUCAAGUGGAAGCACUUUAUCGAUCCUGAUAUCGCUAGUCGAACGCAAAAGACUAAUAUCAGUGCUCAAACUGCGCCCCAACUAGGCCGAAGAUUAGGAAGUUUCGUGACGACAGGCUUCCAAAAUGACGGAUCUAGUACCGUCUCAGAUUGCAUCAAUGAAGCACUUGAAUGCUUAUCGAAAGAAAAAUCCUCGCCUGCUAAAACGGGACAGUUGAAUCUAUCUUCGGACGAGCAAAGCUUUGGAUGGCAAUUCGAAGCGAAUGACUUGGCUGGAACAUUCGACCUUGAUUUUCUCGACAUGACGCAUCCCAUAAACGAUGUGGACUUGGUCGGACAAGAGCUUUCCGAUCCCUUGGCAUUUGAUAUUACACCUCUUGAUCAACGUAUGCAGAAUCCUAGGCUGGACACGUCCAGCUUUGAGACCUUAUCUGCUGCACUUGGUUCCAACAACACUCACUUUCGAGCUGGUCCUUCUUCUCCUACUAUUGGAUCAGCACCACUCUAUCGGCAGCCGAGAUUUGAGUCUGAUCAAAUUGAUAUAAUCACAACGCUGUUUAACAAUAGGACAUGCGUGGUCCUAUCCGUGAAAGACAGCUGUGACGAAAAUCCUUGGCGAACUCUCAUUUGGCCCUUAGCGAAGAAUAAUCCCGCGCUUCAGCAUGCCAUUUCUGCCAUGGCCUGCCUGCAGUCCGGUACAGAACGACCUGAACUGCAUAUCCGAGGACUGGCACAUGUGCGACAGAGCAUUCAAAGUCUCCGUGAGGGUCUCGACACAGAGGCCAUUUCUGUUGAUGCAGCGCUUGCUACUACACUUGCGCUGAGCAUAGCUAAAUCUUGGGAGGCUCCACGGACGAAGACUGAUUUUUCGCAUCUUACGGAAGCUAAGAUGUUGUUGAAGCAGGUAGUGGCUAGUGUACGAGACUCUCAGAUACCUCCAAAUCGGGCAAGGUGUCUGAAAUUCCUUGCAAAUACAUGGAUUUAUAUUGAUGUCACAACUCGACUAACAGCUUCCGAGCCCAUUGAUUCCAUCGACACGGAGUUGAUUGAAGCAUGUGGCCUGCUGGAGGACGGGUCACAGAGAAACAAACUUGAUCCUUUGAUGGGUUGCGCAUCUGAUUUGUUUCCACUUCUAGGAAGAGCUGCUGAUAUCGUACGUCAGAUAUGGAAAGAUGGCUGGAAACGUAAUUCACCGCCCACGAUCGCACAGGCUGCCGAAGUUAUGCGAGCUGUAGAAAAGUGGACUGCACGAAUCAAUCUGACGAGCAGUGAUGAUCCUGCAUACAUUGUUCAAGACGCCGAGCAAACAGCAGAAGCUUAUCGUUGGGCGAUUUUCCUGCUUUUGAGGUCAGCUAUCCCAUCCCUACCAGGGUACAUGACCUAUCAGCAGCUGGCUCAAAAAAUUCUCAUAUAUCUUGCUACUAUUCCAAUAUCUUCGGGAACAGUCAUUGUGCACAUGUUUCCACUUCUUAUUGCAGGCUGUGAAGUCUCAGCACCAGAGGAAAGAGCCUGGGUGAUAGAACGGUGGGAACAAAUGUCCAAAAUCAUGAUUUCGGGUAUAGCUGAGCGAUGUCUUGAACUUACGCUCGAAGCUUGGAGGAGAAAGGAUGGGGCGACUGAGAGCCGGCACUACAAUUCUGACUCCCUUCGGAUUCCUGGUGACCCAUCUGAACCAUUAACUGCACAUGCUAAUCCUGACGUCGACGACCUGUUCGACGAACUCGUUGACGCUCCAAACAAGGUCGACGAGGUCGAUAACGCUACGGAUCCUGCCUCACCUAAUGACUACGCCGCAGUCUCCCUUGUUCCAUCCACUCCUGUGGUUCACCGGCCCAGUUCGGGGAAAGUUGCAGACAGCUGGAACUCGAAUGCUCUUCGGAGUAGACUCAGCUGGUUAGCAGUAAUGCAUGAUUGGAAAUGGCAGGUUAUGCUUGGGUAAUCUGAUGUCAACAAUUGAAUUUGCUUGAAAUGUACACGAAAUCAAAAUCCACGCUUGUCCAAUGAUCGCAAAACAUGAGUCUGUUUCAGAUAUAAAAUUCUAAACAAUCUCCUCGUUUGUCCGAGCCAACCAUUCUUCCUGUUCCUUUAGGAACUUUUUCAGACGGACCUUGUCUGUUUUCCGGCCAGCGCGGUGCUGUUCUCGAAGUACCUUCAACAUAGCUCGAAGUCUAUCUUGGAGUACUUCCGUGCGGUAUUCUGCCCAUUCAUAAUACAGCUGUGAAUGGUCUGUAAUAGGCCUGAUCGUGGUGAGCACCGAGGUGUCCAUCAUCAUUGAGUCGCGAGGGCGAAAGGAAGUCACGGCUACUAUGCGUUCCACACCCCCGUGAGCGGCAAGAGCCUGGUGGUUGAGACACCUUCCUUGCAUUACAACGGCAUUGCCCUAGCAGAUGAUGAGCAGACAUUGAUAACCAUCAACCACACCUUGGACCUACGCUUGAUGGGCCACGGAUCCUGACUACUUCGCCUGACGGCUUUUUGAUGGCUGUUUCACCGCCAACCAUGUUCGUGGUAUCGGAAAGCAUCACAACGCAAACGAAAGGAUAAGAAUCGUAGUGCCAUUUUGUUGCCGGUAAAUCAUUAUCUCCUUCCUUCUUUGGCUCUCCGUCGUCGAAGCCUUGGGUAGCAACGUUGAUAUUAGAGAUCUCUAGAUCAAGAUUCGUCACUAGGUCCACACCAGCAAGUUUUGAAAUGAUCUCAAGGGUCUUUGGGUGCUUCCAUGCAUCAUACGUGAAUGGAGCGUACCUUUCCUCAGGUUACUCGGCUAUUCAAUGGGAAUGACGAAGUACGUACUUUGCAGCAUAGUCUCGAAUCUGGCAGUGAGCAAACUCUGUGCUCACCACGCAAUUUUCCCAGACUUCCUUUGUGAAUAGCUCUUUUCUCAUAAUCUGGACUGUCUCUUCGCUGAAAAGAGGAAAAGGUUCUGUCACUGCCACGGGUGAUAUUGCCCUGUCCGACACGAUUCCAAAGUCCUCUAAAGUGUAUGUUUUUGGGCUGUCUUUGUAGCUUAGGUGCUUUUCUGGGUCGAAUUGAACACUUUGCAGGGAACUGCGGGGCUUCACUUCAUCUCUAAGUAUGGGUUUUCCCAACAGAUUAGGGACCUGGGCUGGGAC